GACCGGAGCGGUCCUACAGUAUCACUCCACCUCUCUUCCUACUCACCGGAGUCGGUGCUUAGCGGCAGCGUCCAGUUUACACAGCCCAGAGAAGCUUAGCUGUGUGAGGGGUCCCGACCCGUUGGUGGUUCGGUCUACAGUCUCAUCGUGCAUCAGAAUAGGGACUCCAUCUGAUGUGAACUCCAAGUCCAGCUCUACGCCGGUCGCCCCGUUCUUAUGUGCCUAGAGAUGCAGAGAGAGAGAGAGAGGGAGAUGAGACCAGGAAGGUUUGCCAUAAUCAUCUGGAGGCUAUGUAAGGGGAGAGAGAGCGAGAGAGAAUGUUGUGGCUUUCAAGAACCACGAAUCCUUGUUGAACAAAUACUUCUCUCCUCGACUUCCUGACUCACCUCCCGGAUGGCAGCCAUGGUAUUCUCCGGCGCAUCAUGCCCUCCACCCCGGUGAGCGACUAAGGACACCCCACCCGAAGCAGCGUUCUUAGCGGGCCGAAGCACCUGUCUCGCCUGGCUGGUCGGGACUUGGGGAAAACGGAACAUGAUCAGAAAGGCAUAGAGGCAGGCGGUGAGGGCGGUGGACCAUAUCGGGCUCCGUGUUCCGAGGAGAACGAACGCGAACACCACAGAGAAUAGGGCGAUUUCGUCUCCGAGUUGAAGCAUUUUUGCGCCGAGUCCAUACGGUCACUGACUCACACUUCUGCUAUGCUGUUGGACAGACAACAGUGCAUUAACACUGUCAUAAAGUUAACAUUUCUUAAUAGGCCAACGAAGCUUGGAAAGACGUCUCAAUAUUGUUCAAGUUGGCUGCAAACAGCGACACUUCUUUGGUAGAUCGGGACUCCACCGAAGAUAGUCUUGACAUUCCUUCUUCAAUCUAUGCAGAAGCAAGACACAAAAUAAUUCAGUGGCAACAUUUGAAAUCGUUAGCGUAGUUUCACAACAUCCUAUUCACAUGCUCAAACAGCGACAUUGUUGCCUCAUAACUGUCAUAUUUGACUUCCCACUUUCCGUUUUAAUAAGUUUGUGGAACCUAAAGUUUAAAAUAAAAUGUAAAAGACUUGCGCAAUAAAUAUUAUGCUUUUAAAAAAUUAUUAUUGUUCACAUUUAUUAAUAUUAGAGAUAAAAGUUAUUGCACAAAUACUUUAUUUUGACCAUAUGUCGCUCUGCCCACAAGAGGGCGGAAUUGCUCUUGGAACAUUGCGUAAAUUACUUCCUGUGCCAAAGUGCAAGGUCUGACCUAGCCAUCUGGCUAACAGCGUGAAUGAUACCUUCCUGAGAUGUUUUCUCACAUAUUUUGCAAGAUAGAAGCCAGCUAACAUGCAUAGGUCUACAACACUCUUCCCUCGGCUGUCCUACCAUGUGCUGGCCCACUGCAGAGGAUACUGUGUGUUGAGAGGCAGCUCAAGGUCGCUAAUAUGUGGCCCACAACCCCAUGUAGUCACCCGACUGGACCCAAGAUGGACGCCUAGUAUCCAACACAGCUACCCAGUACCCCCAUCCCCCCACGUCACUGCUCUCACCAAAUACUCUGACUUAUCCACCCCAAAAUACAACCUCAUCUACUCCUUACCUCACAUCAAACUCCUGAGAGCGGUCUCCAGACUCAAACUGAUCCAAACCGGAAUCACUAUGCUCUUACUCCCACCCGUAUACUACAUGUAUUUCCAAGGAGAUGCUUCGUACCUACUGGUUAGCUACAGCACGGGGAUAGCGGCGUUCGCCGCCGUCAUGCUCUUCUCGGCUAGUCACUACCUGAGACGCGUCGUCGGGAUGAUGUACCUGGAUGAGUCCCAGACGACACUGAAAGUGUCUCACCUGACGUUCUGGGGACGCAGGAAGGACGUGUAUCUGCCCGUGACGGACGUUAUGACUCUGGGGGACACCGGGGACUCCAUAGGGGAGACUAUAUUGAGGUUGAAGAGAUAUAGUAGUUCUGAGACGCUGUACUUCUCCACUAGACUGGGACGUGUGGUGGAUAGGCAGGCCUUUGAGAAAGUGUUUGGGACUUAGAUUUGAUGUUUUUAUAGGGCUUUUCAGAGCCAAACCAGGCUGUACUGAGCCAAACCAGGCUGUACUGAGCCAAACCAGGCUGUACUGAGCCGAACAGAGCCCAGCCAAGCAUCCACUAUAGUUCCUGGAACUGUGCUGAAAAGAUCUGAGCCAGCAGUUAGGUCUGGGUUGACACAGUGGUGUGAAAAGGGUAUUUUAUGUUGUGAGCAUUUAAAAUGUUGUAUAUUUAGCAGCUAAAGAGAUGCCUACCUACAUAUACUGCAGUCUGUUCUGUCCCAUUUCUUGACUACUGUGUGUGACCAAAAGAAACAGUGACAUUUUGUGUUGGACAGCUGCUCAGACUCACAGCCUUCAAUAAAUACACCCUGAUCAUUUAAGCAACAAAUAUUUGACGGGUUUAUUUUAAGGUACAGUACACAAAACACUAUACAGAAAAUGUCUACAGUUAUUUGACCUUCAGAAAGUCCAUUGCAAUCAAUCAUCCCACAGUCAUUUAUGGAAAUCAUUUUCUUAAAGAGUUGGAGUGAAAUAAUGUACAGUAAUAUACAGGAGUGUAUACCCUGAUGGUCGUCUAUGAAGAUCUUGAAGAACCAUCUGGCCUUAAUGGCCAUAUACCCUUCAUCUCCACCCAGCACAGCCAGAAGAGGACUGGCCACCCCUCAGAGCCUGGUUCCUCUCUAGGUUUCCUCCUAGGUUCCUGCCUUUCUAGGGAGCUUUUCCGAGACACUGUGCUUCUACAUCUGCAUUGCUUGCCGUUUGGAGUUUUAGGAUGGAUUUCUGUAAAAUCACUUUGUGACAUCAGCUGAUGUAAAAAGGGCUUUGUAAAUACAUUUGAUUGAUUGGAGGAGUGUCAACCUCUUCACUGCAGAUUUACAAUAUGGGUCUGUUUGAGCAGGGCCACAUUGGAUUCCUGUGUAGACUACUUGAGCUCAGUGAUUGCGUCAUUAAAGAUAUCCAGGAAAAGAUGAGCAUGGUGUUCCUUGAACACCAGAGCUGGUCGGAACCGGAUAGACUGGGUUCCACAGCCCCCUAGAACCACACCUGGAACAAGAAAACAACAUCAUAAAUAGUAUUCAUUCUUUACUAACGAAUCAGCGAUUCACUUGAUAGUACUACUGAAUGUAAGUGAUAUGGAUGUACCUUAUUGAUACUAAGCUAGUAAAUAUUAUGCUGGA